CAAUGCGAGCGCUGUUCACACAACAACUCAAAAGAGGCUGAACCAAAACAACAGAAGGAGGAAGUCACCUUUGUUGGUUCAGUUACGCGCACCGGUUUCUCAUGAGAGCCGCCUGUCGCCGGGACCACAAGCUCUGCGCCUCCAGGAAAAUGGCAAGAACUGCUGACGCUGACUUAAAGCCACAACUGAAAAAGAACGGAGUGAGAUGUCGAGAGACUGGGGGAAGUUUUCGUCGCAACGGGACGGAGCUUGUUUGGGAUUUUUUGCAGAAGAAGGGCCCAGGAAACGGUGCUGCUUCCAGGCAGAAGAGUCAGGAGUCCUUUGAACAGGCCCCCAUGUAUGUGGCCGUUAUGACAUAUCUGGGCUUUGGUAUUGUAACCCUUUUUGGUUACUUCAGAGAUUUCCUCAGAGCUGUGGGCUUGGAGAAGUGCCACGUCGCCCAGGAAAGAGAGGAGCAGAAGAAUUUUGUUCCACUUUAUCAAGAUUUUGAAAACUUUUACACUCGGAAUUUGUACAUGAGAGUUCGGGACAAUUGGAACCGUCCCAUAUGCAGCCUCCCGGGUCCUGUCUUCGACCUAAUGGAGAGGGUGUCUGAUGACUACAACUGGACAUUCAGGUUUACUGGGAGGACGAUACACAAUGUCAUCAACAUGGGCUCCUACAACUACCUGGGUUUUGCUGAAAACAAUGCUGAUUUUCUGACAACUGUGGCAGAUAAAGUGCAGCAGUAUGGGGCUGGUGUUUGCAGCACAAGGCAGGAAAUUGGUAACCUGCACAUCCAUGAGGAACUGGAAGAACUUGUUGCCAGUUUUCUUGGGGUGGAGUCCUCCAUGAGUUUUGGAAUGGGUUUUGCCACCAACUCAAUGAACAUUCCGGCACUUGUUGGAAAGGGUUGUUUGAUAUUAAGCGAUGAGCUCAAUCACACAUCUCUCAUCUUGGGGGCCAGACUGUCAGGUGCAACUAUCCGGGUGUUCAAGCACAAUAACAUGCAUAGUCUGGAGAAGAUGCUCAAAGAAGCAGUUUGUUCAGGACAACCUCGGACUCACAGGCCCUGGAAAAAGAUCCUCAUCAUGGUGGAAGGCAUCUAUAGCAUGGAGGGAUCAGUAGUGCGACUACCUGAUAUCAUUGCUCUGAAGAAGAAGUAUAAAGCGUAUCUGUACCUGGAUGAAGCCCACAGUAUUGGAGCAGUGGGGCCAUCAGGGAGAGGUGUGACUGAACUGUUUAAUGUGAACCCAGCAGAUGUGGAUGUGAUGAUGGGGACCUUCACAAAGAGCUUUGGAGCUGCUGGAGGCUAUAUCGCUGGGAAAAAGGACCUGGUGGACUACCUGCGGAGUCAUUCUCACAGUGCCAUAUAUGCCUCGGCCAUGUCUCCAGCAGUAACAGAGCAAAUCAUACGUGCCAUGAAGUGCAUCAUGGGAAAGGAUGGGAGCACAGAGGGAAUUAGACGGAUCCGCCAACUGGCAGAGAAUACCAAAUACUUCAGAGCCAGGCUGAAGGAGAUGGGCUUCAUCAUCUACGGAAAUGAUGACUCCCCUGUGGUUCCCGUCCUGCUCUAUAUGCCGGGUAAAGUUGUGGCCUUCGCUCGAGAAAUGCUGGAGAGAAGAAUAGGUGUAGUGGUUGUGGGUUUUCCAGCCACGCCAAUUACAGAAGCCCGAGCUCGCUUUUGUGUGUCUGCAGCGCACACCAGAGACAUGCUGAACCAGGUGCUGCACCAAAUGAAUGAGGUGGGAGACUCUCUCUGCUUGAAGUUCUCACGGCGGAAACGUUCCCCUCAGCCUGACCUCUAUGAAGAGACGGACUUUGAGUUGGACAGUUGAAUUGACCUUUGACACCUUAACUUUGCAGUGUCAAAACUAAGCGUCCAAGCCACAGCAGAAACAGAAACACACAUUGUGGGUUAACCCCUAUAUCUCACAGAGGAGGAGGGACAAAAUGUUUGGCAGCUGCUUUUUAUAUGUUUGUAACACAUUAUGAUUUAGCAGAUAAACUAUUUCUACUCCUUAUAAAGAGAACCCUUGACAAUAAAUGCCUAAUAUCUUUAUUUUUCAAUACUUACGGGAAAUUACUCUACUCACAUUGCUGGACUGAGUUCAGCUUAAAGUAUUUUGUAAAGUGUCUUAAGCUAUUUGGCUUUUACACUCUGAAGUCCUUAUUCAGUUUAGUUUCUCUAACGUCACAAUUAAAGACAGAUUUGAAAUCUCAGCUCAGGAUAGGGCUCAUAUUUUUACACGGCUGUGUCACUAUGUCUAUAUUUAGACGUUUGAAACUUUUCUUGGAAGCAUUUUCUGCUUCUUAUGAGUUAUUGUUUAAUAGAAAAAUAGUAAUAGUGAUCAUUACAAAAUAAUGCUCUGCAGCUCAGAAUUUGAUGGAAGGACUCCCUUUGCAUGUGUUGUGUGAAGACACAAGCAUUCGUGUUGUAGUUUACUGUAACAUUGAGCCAGUUGAUUUCUCCCUUUUUUUUAACUGUGCACUAAAACGUCCUGAAUCCUCUUUUGAACAGAGCAGUUGAUUGAUUAUCUAGCUGACAUGUUUCUAGAAGCCCUGAGCCUUCCUUUGGAUUUGUGCUAAUUUCCUGAUCCAUGAUUAUUUACUUUACUCCCGGCUGAACAGACUGAGGAAAAGAUGACAGCGUCUGUGUUCCUUGUUGAACUGUUGUUAUAAAAAGUUCUUCAGUGCAACCACUUUCAUCUCCACAGUAAAUGAUAGCCUUCCUGUAUAUAAUAGAUCCUGCAACAAUUACUUCUUUGACAUGCAGGUAAAUCUAGACAAAUAAAAAAGGUGUUACAGCAUGUUUUGUGGCGACACUGCUCAUGCUCACCAAGUCUAAACAGCUUAAUUGUUGAUGUUUUAAAGACUUGCUGUUCUGUUUCACACACAAACUGCGUAACAGUUGCGAAGGUAAGCAUGCAGAGUAUGCAGCACCUGAGCCAACAGAAACCUAACCUAGCAAUUAGCGCUCAACCCUAAAUUCUCAUGGUAUGGGGUAAUCAUUUGAUUAACACAGGAAGGAUUAUAGAUGGAUGAUAUGUGUGUUUUACAGUGUGUCAGAUUGUCUCUAGUUGAUUCUUGUUUUUCCUCAGGACAUGAUGAUGUUUGUGCUUGCUACAAAAUUGUAUUUUACAAGAGGAAAUAAAAAUACAAUAUGAACGUCUUGGGGAAAGCUUGGUACAUAAACUAUAAAACUAGACAUAGUAACAAAAAAACAAAAAACAAAACUGCUCUCUAUCCAGGAUCACUUUGUUCUAUAAGAGAACACUUCACAUCUGGCUCCUAUAGACGGACACAAUGGAAAACAGAUUCUUUAAUCAUCAAAUCUGUGACAUCAUGCUAAUGCACCAUUCCAUAAUUAUCUGGAAGAGAAGCUGAAAGGUGGCCUCGUAUGUUGCAAUAGGGUGCACUAAUGUCUUCCGGAUGUGUGCUAUUAAUUUUUGUUUACCCUCACCUUUAGUCUAAAUGUGAACACUGUAAGUCUGAUUGUGUGUUUUUAUGGCAGAAAGCAGAUGUGUGUAAAGUGAAGCUGAAACACUUGAAUUUAUUCUCUAACGUGCAAGUUUCUCACUGAUAUGGGGUGUGUAAAUGUUCUGGGAUUUCUUUUAAAUACAUGAGAAUACAUUUAUUCAAAUAAAAUGAGGAGGAUGAG